UAUUGGUAUACUGUCAGCUUCGUUCUGUUAUUUAUGCAGUGUAGUUAAUUUCUUUAAUUUUGUUGUUAUUUCAAAGUUUAGAUUAAUAAUCUAUAGGCGUUACAUUUUUGUACUAUAAUUUAAACUAUUUGUCGGUAUUUCGCAAUCUUACAAGUAUUUUGAGUUUGUGUCAGAAGCAAGUAAUUCAUGUUGUGCUAAACAUUUUUGGAGUGAGUACUACGUUGACAUUCGGGAUUUAUUAUUGCAUUUUUUUAAUAGUACGAUAUUCAGUAUUAUCGCUAUGAUAAAAGUGUUGGGCUUACUUGCAGCACACAAGGAUCGACGAUUGUAGACACCAGCUGGUCGAACUGUGUUGUCCCCACUGUUACAAACACUUCAUUGCUCUUCGGAAACGCCAUUUUAAUUUUAGUCCUCUGGAAGUAGAAAUGGAUUUUGGUGUUUCGGGAAGUGUGGUAAAUUUGUUGUAUGCAUUAGUAUUUUUUAGUAGUUCAGAGUUUACUGAUAAAAGUGCUACGCAUGAAGUUAGUAUGACUCAUCUAAAUUUUCACAAGUGGUAGCAUUACGUAUAUAGGUUAUCUACAUCGUAUUCUGUCAAUAGCUUAAGUGACAUUGGCCUUAAAUUAGUUCGAAACGGAGCUGUCUACGGUUUUUGAGUUGAUCGUUACAAGUGAGUGCAUAGUUUCAAAUAUGAAGUGGGAGUAUCGUUUAGUGAAACAUAUUCGCAUUGGGAUGAGCAGGUGCUGUGGGCAGUGAGAGGCUGCCAUGUCGGGCUACUCGGGUCUCGCAGUAGGGGACAGGGUGGCCGGGCCGCCCCCCGGCUCCAAGCACCGGCCCUGGGAGUCCUCCCAGGCCAAGUCGUGCUCGGGCCAGGGCGUGGUGGGCAGCCCCACCUCGUUGGCAGACAUCUUCGACACUGCCUUCACCUCCAGCGUGGACCGCCAGCCCGACCAGUUUCACUCCGGUGACAUGGAGUACGAGCCCCUGUUCGCGGAGAGCGACCACGAUGAUACUGAUGUGGUGACCAUAGGGCGUGCGGAAGGCGCGCAGGUGUAUGCCUGGUCACCGCCUGGGGACACACUGGCUUACUGCCGCAAGCGCGGGAGCGACCGUGCACCCGGAGCGCGCCUCAAGGCCAAGAAGGGGGACCGCGCAGCUCUGGGGGCUGGUCCCUCGGGCACCGUUGCCUUCCAGGGCUCGCGUGGCCCCUCGCCGCUCGCCACGGGAGCCAGGAAGAAGGGGACAGUGCGCCCAGUGGUACUCGAGCGCUACCCCGGGCCGCUGGGUGUGAAGGUGGAGCGCGUGAGCGACGAACCAGCCCCCAGCAGUAGCACGUUCCCAGCUGGAGAUGCGAGAGCUGGCCCCUCUGGUGUGCCGGGACGCGACCGGUGUGCUGACGAUGGGCCCACUGCACCAGACCUGCAACUGGACUGGCUGUCCAGUAGCGACAGUGAUACGGACGAUGACAGUGGCAUCGAGGUGGUCGCAGUGCAGUGCCGCCAACCUCCCAGGCAGCCCGUGGUGGUGGACCUGACGCAGGAGUCGGACGACGAGAUGCUGGUGGACGUGCACGGCACGGCAGGUAGUGUGCCCGUACCAUCUCCGCCAGCUCCGUGCCCCCUGCCACCGAGCACGCCGCAUUUGCGCCUGCCCUCCUGUCGCUAUCAGUGCCAGGGCACGGACGCUACCGAGCACGUUCAGCCUCCGCCACCUGCUGUGCCGCUGUGCGGGGUGUACGGAGCCUGCGUGCAUGCUCACGCACACCCACACUGGGGAGCUCCCCCACGCUGUCUCUGCCACCCGCCUCCUACAGACCAGCAGCGGUUUGCACCGUUCUACAUGGGCCAGGCGCAGAUGCACGCGGCCGGCAUGCCAGCCAUGGUCCCAGCGCACACCCACACUCGCGUGUACCCAGUGCACGAGCGCCUGUGGCACUCCCAGCAGCGCAUGCAGGAGCUACAGCGGCGACGCCUAGACGCACACCUGCACCAGCGACCCCCGGACGCGAUGGAGGGGCUGUACGCACAACAGCACGCCUACAUGUAUGGGCACGCACACCAGCACGCCCAGCCACCGCUGCCCACGCCGCAGCAGCCGGCCGUGUACAGUCGCCCCGAGGUGGUCACCACGCCCGCUGCGCCGCUCAUCCCCCAACCCCUCGGUGACAUGGAGCUGCUGGCACAGGCGUCGGUGGUGGCUCCGCCUGCCUCGGUGGCGCCCGACCUGCCGGCGGACCUCGUGCUACAGAGUGCGCCACCCACCACUCCCAUGGAGAGCGCGCACCAGCACAUCCACCACCACCUAUACCACUACCACCAGCCCGGCCGCAUGCAUCACUUCCACAUCAGCAUUGCGCCCGGCCCACGAGCGUUCCCCCAGAUGCUGCCCCACGACCUGGUGCCCUUCCCCUUCCUGGCGCAACACAUGAGCGCGCGCCUCGAGGACUACAUGCGUGUCGUGGAGCAGCGACGCCUUGCGCAGUUGACACGCGGGGCAUCGCACGACACCAUUGAGCGCUGCACCUUCCCUCACAAGUACAAGCAGGUGAAGCGGGCGCUGGAAGACCUGGAGGACACGACGGAGAAGUGCACCAUCUGCUUGUCGGAGUUCGAGGAGUGUGAGGACGUGAGGCGCCUGCCCUGCAUGCACCUGUUCCACAUCGAUUGUGUGGACCAGUGGCUGGGCUCCAACAAGCGCUGUCCCAUCUGCCGUGUCGACAUAGAGACUCACCUGGACAAGGAAGUGAGCGCCACCUGACACCCGCAGUGCGCAGCGCGCCUCAAGUGGCCAAGUUGAAAUGCAAUGCAGUUGAUGCAGGUAGACUGCAUGCUGUGGUCAUGGUCUGGACAAGGUUUCCCCAGCGUGCGACAUGCAUAACACAGACCAAUCAUCACAAACUUAAUUCUGUGUAUCAUUGUUCAUUUAUUGUAAUAGACAUUAAACUAGUUAAAAGUA